GGGGGGGGGGGGGAGGACGAGGGAGUGGAAAAAGCGCAAAAUAGGAUUUGUCAUGUCGGAGUUGGUCAAUGUUGUUUGCAUCGGACGGAGAUACAAAUCUUGCUGAUGGACAAUUCUGGCCGAAACCAUGCUCGGUGUGUGUGUUUUUCCGUGAUUUAUGGUGCUGCGCGGUUGCUGCGGUGGAAAAGAUUGACUACCGUCUCCCAAUGCCAUAAAAGCUAUGAUGUGAUGAAGGUGAAUAAUUAAUAGAAUGUGCAGCAAUGAAGCUUGCGUUUCGAUACAGUAUGUGUGUAGCUUUCUUCGCUUCGGAUGAGCUGAUAACAUUGUGAAAGGGAAAUCAGGUUAACGAGGUCUCGCAAGAAAUACGCGCAGCGUAAUAAGACUAUUAUUGUGAUAGGUGGUAUUAUUUUCCACAGGAUGAGAUAUUAUCAAAAUGAAAAUAAAACCAGUCCAUAUAAAUGGCACGUUGCUUGAGAUAUGUGCGCUUUGAUAGAAGACAUUGUCGCCACAGUCAGCGUGCCUGUACGUCAUUUGCACAGGUCACAGGCUUUAUUGCAAUGCCAGUUUGAAGGGUGUUUACGCUAUUUUUCCACCGAACGAAAGUAACACUACACGUCUCGAAAUAGGUUUCCGACAUGGUUUUGCACAACAAGCACGACACUAUCGAAAAACGAUAGCCCGCACCAGAAAGAUCAAAGGCUAAUCUGACGGCAGUGACACGUGUUUGAAUUCUCGAAAAGGUUAUUGCAGAAGAAUGGAGCACUGGAGCGCGCAUGGUGCUUGAAAAUAGAGCGCACCGUUUGGAUCGUAUUUUAUCGGGGCCACCGAAUGUCACCGCGGCUGGCGAGGACGGUGGCAAGCGAGCAAAGCUCUCGUUCUGCACCCAGAAGCCAUGACAAUCUGCUGUUGGUGCAUGGUUCAAAUUUAAAGCAUUACCUCUGUGGGAAGCCGCUACGUUUUACAUUCCGCAGCUUGAUUGUUGGUAGCUGGUGCGAUGCUCCCGACGGAAACGAUACAGAAGAAACUGCUGCUCUCUGAGUUAUUCCAUGAGUUGUGUAAAUAAAUACUCUUGAGGAAAAAGCAAAAAAUGAAAAAACGAACGCAGACGCAAGUUUAAUGGAGAAUUUUCCUGCACAAAAUAAUGCAAGCGCUCUAGCAGAUGCUUCAUUCUUGUAGCUCACUUAGUAGAAACUCUCGCUAGUGGGUGCUUUUUUGUAGCUUCAUCUUCUGCUGACGCUGCCAUUGCUGUGGAAUGUAGCGAACGGUAAAGGUAGUAGCGUUGGAAAGGAUCGGUACUUUCUUACGCUUAAAAACUUGCCAGCAGUUAUUUUUUCCCUUUCUUCUCACGCUCCAAAGCUUAGCGCACCUUUCACUAGCUUCAUUUUCUCGCUCGAAAACCCGAUCCUCCUUCAGCGUAUUUGACACAAGAAUGGGAGCACAAAAAAAAAAUAAAAACAUAAUGGGAAUUUAUUAAAGAUUUACAGCAUGUCUACCAUUCAACGUUCACUCAUGAACAUACCGUGCUUGGUCGGACAAGGGGAGAGGAUGUGGAGAACAUUUUACGCAAGGAUGUCGAAACAUUUAGCUUUCAUCUUCGGAGCGAGAAAAUUAGAACGGAGAUGAUGCAAGCUUUCGCCAGCUCUCGGGCGGGAUUUUUUUUUCCCCGGGAGUUUGCUUAUUCCACGCGCUUCGUACUUGAUUGGUCCUUGUGCGGCUCCGGCUGCGAGUCGAGUGGCCGGAGCAGUUUGGUGCGGAUCGCAUUUCGCUUAAUCUGUUCCGGAUAGUAGUGGCUCAUGCUCAUGCUCAGUCCCCUUUUUUGUUGUUGUAAAGACUCUGUUCCUCAUGUACGCUUACGGUAUGCUUCGGGGGGAAAAAAUGAACCGAUGGAUUAAUACAUCUGCUGGAACUUAAUAACAUAGUUUUUUCUUCAAUCGAUGCUUUACUGCCCUUUCGUAAUGGAUGCUUCCGUACUGGUGUACUCACUGAUGUUCCUCACGGUGUAAUCGAAGGGACCGGUAUUGGGUCCACCGCUUGUAGCAGGAAGCGAACAAAUAUGUGAAGCUAGUUAUUAAAAGCUAUUGAUGUAGUAAAACGGAUCAAAUGAGAAUUACUUCCUGCGCCCUGAGGAGGAGUAGGACGGGAAUAGAGUAUUUGUAAUUUAAAAGAAUUUUUGUCAUUGUCUGUUACACAAUUUGAUGGAAUGAGUCAGUUCACAAGUUGAAAGCAAUGCCUUAAAAUCGUAAUACUAUCACUCCUAUCACAAAGCUACUUUCCUUGCAGAGAGCCACAAGUAGUGAAACCAACCAACGACGGACAAUACUAAUAAACAUCCGAUCUAAUUGUUUGCUAAUUGUGAUCGAUAGCUGUUGGAUCAGUUGCAUUUGCGUUGCGACCGUAAGAUAUCGUUUGUAUCGAUUCAUAAUUUGCUCUCCAGCUCGGCGAACGUGCUGUGCAGCGUACAGUGUCACUUGUAAGCCACUAAAACGUGCAUGGACAUGGACCAUCCAGAGGACUCAACUCGAUCGACUUCCGGCAGUUUGCUCUCGCUGAGUCUCUUCAGCCAGUACAGCAGAAAUCGAAUCCAGCCACUCUUCCCGAAACCAUACUACAGCUGAGCCGAACGAGAAGCAUGAGCUGCCAGCUAUCGAAUAACGCAGACUGUGGGUUUGGGAAAGCAAGAACCGGCAAGCAUAACCAUCCGGCUCAAACAUAAUCCAUCCAUCGAUUAAUUAAUGUAUCUGGUCGAUUACUGGCCGUGAUACGGAAAUAUGAGUGGCCUCGUUGGUUGGGUUGCCGGACUGAAGUUCGUUUUGUGAUCUUUGACCAUCUUCAAACAAGCAGAGCAGAGAGUGCUCGGAUGUUGGCGGUACAAUGGUUGCUCGAUGCAACUAGCUCAAUGCUGUCUAUGGUAGACUUACCGAAAUACGGCCCACUUAUCCCGCAUUACUUCGAUCGAAGUCCGAAACGAAUAUUUGAGAGGAAACAACAAAACGAGGGCUGUAAAAUUGCUGUGCACUGUAGUGGCACAGUUCCCGAUCGGCGCAGCAUUAGUGUAGUCUCCAGUGAUUUAUCACUUCCUGCGGGAAGUCCGCCGGUGUCCGAGGGUUUCUGGUACCAGCGCCUGCGGUCGACCUGCUAUUUGGGCACCCUUGAACGGUUUGCAUAAUGAAGCCUACACCUCCGGGCGGGGCUAUGUUUUUGGAGAGCAAACAAGGCUACGUCGGUGCUCGGCGUGCUACCGGGACACCGGAGCUGUUGAAUACACCUACCCUGAAUAUAGGUUAAUUGCCGGUACACAGGUUUAGCUUUUGUCGCUCCGCAUCUUGAUGGGCCGAGCGCCUGGGUCUGUUGGGUGGCCCGCUCUAAUCGGAUGCAUCGAACGGAACACUCGCCGGACGGAUAGCCUUGACUCCCUUUUCUUAAUCAGUGCCUUGACGAUGGUUUCGGAAUCAAUAUUUAUGUAGCACACGUGCACCACCUGACAGCCGACAACCAUUUCGUCCACCGUGGACUAACUGCGUGCUAGAGCGCGUUACAUCACGGCCUCAAGGCAGAAUGUAGAACAUCCCUUUCCCCCUUUGCUGCUCGCCAAAAGUGUAACAUAUUUCAACCACGGUCGAAACAACGAGACCACUAAUGGGGCGAAGGAAAGGAGUAAUUGUGGGGAGGGAGUGUCUGCUGUCAUCAGCACAAAUCCAAAUGGCGCUGACGUUCGCGCUACAGACCCAGCCCACAGUGAAGCGAAGUACGGCAAGUUGUAAACCCGGUGGCAGUGCAUACUAGCGGUCCUUGAGCUGGUUUGAAUGGGGGGUGGAGGUGGAGGGAAAAGAGCGCCAAAUAAUAUCUGAUCGCCAUCGAUAAUGAUGAUAAAUUAAACUCGUAGUUAAUCGACUGCGAGAACUUGCGAAGCGUUUCUUACGCUACUGCCGGGCUAGCAAUAGAACGUGCUCUCGUAAGUCUCGCCUUGGCUCGUGUGGCCGCGCGGAAGAGACAUGGAAGUCGGCGGUGGUGGUAAGCGCGGUCGUAAAAGCACACGAAACCCGCUGGAAUGGGAAAACGGACGGUAUUAAUUACAAUUUGCCGAAGAAAUGGUGCUUGCAGUGCUCGCUCGGCGGUGGGUUUAGGAUGCUGUUCACACAUUUUCGUAGUUGAUUGAUGUUCUCUGGUGUGGGACUAUCUGUGCAGCUAGUGGGGCUUACGCGCAGAUACAACUAGAAGGUCAGUAGUGCAUUAAAGUGUUGAAAGUUGGUUGCAUACUAUUGAAGAUAAAUUGUAAUUUUGAUGGAAAUGGAAAGCUUACUACUGUUUAUAUGGGGAUAUCAACAAGACGAUUUGUUGCAAGUACUUUCACUGUAGCUACGUCAUCGUAAUUAAAGGCUUUAUUUUGUUCUUAAACCAUAACCCUUAUGUAAACGCUGCUUGUAACAAGUUUAUCAAUUUUUUACUGGUGCUGAUACUGUAUAUUUUUACAAACUGUUUCGCCUUCAGGGCAGUUGCAUUUCCCAAUCCAAGGUUUCAAAUUGAUGUGAUACGUUCUAGCUAUGUAUAAUGUGUGGAAAGCUUAGAAUUUGCACUUCCUUUUUGCGAUAUUUAAAAGGAACUACAUCGAUUGCGAUGAAAGUGUUACAGCAUUUAAAUGCAAGAAUAAAAUUCUUGUGAAAUUGUUGUAAGUUAUACCGAAGCAGGCCAGAAGCUUCUGUAGUUAAGCAUUUUAAUUAAAAAUAAGAUCGACAAGAAAGUGUAGAACUAAUAACCGUGUACAGAACCAGAAACUCUAAACGACUGAUAAAACAUCAGUCGUAAUAGUGCCUUUGCACAUCAGGGAUGCACAUCAAACGUCCCACAACAGAAGGGUCAGAUUGUUGCCGUUUACAGUGCAAUUAGGUAAUUAUUUCUUCCCACGCUGCCAUCUCCUUUCCCACCCAAUUCCCAUUUCGCAUGAGCAUCCUAAAUGGAUAGGGACGGCACCGGUGUGCGUCGAACCGGUGUACUGCAGUGCGUGUCCCGUUCCCAGCGUGCGUUAGGCAGCAACCGUGAGGCAGAAAAUGAAAAGUGCCUGCCCGCCUGCGGUAGCAGGGGCGAUAAAUGGAGCCGCGAAGUGAACCCCGAACCCGCCGGGCCGGUUCGCCAGUGAAGGUGAAGAAAAAGUCCACCGCCAAGCACACGGUCAAGUUUAAGGACCAGGCACGGGACGACGUGCUGGUGGUGACGGUCGAGCCGCCGUCGCCGUCGCCCGGCUCGCCCGAACCGUCCCCCAAGACGGCCGUAACGUUUGCGCUUCCGCCGAUCGCGAGCGUCUCGUACCAGCGGCCCAAAACCGGCGGUGAAAAGCCCCCGACCACCGAUACACGUGCGCUUCCGAAGGAGAAGGAUCCAACGAAACGGACGGCAAAACCGGCCGACAGCCAGCGGCUGGCCGAGGGAUGUACCUCGCUAAUGUACGCCUGCCAGCAGGGUCUUACCGGUGAUAUAUUGAAGGAGCUGCGACAAAAGCCCAGCGCCGUACAUCGACGGGAUCGGAGCAACAAAAGUGCCUUACACUACUGCAGCAGUGCGCAGGAUAUUGCUGCGGCCGCGAGCGUCGCCAUGGUAGCGCCCGAGCUGAUCGAGUCCGCGGACGAGGAUGGAUUUACGCCGCUGCAUCUGGCGGUAAUACAGGGAAACCUGCAGCUGGUCAAUCUGCUGCUAGCGAACGGGGCGGAUGUGAACGCACUCGACAACGAGGGACAUUCGGUGGUGCACUGGGCAACCGUGUGCGGUGAGGUGGAGGCACUGCGCGCCGUCCUGGCAGCCGGUGCGGAUGUGUCCACGCCGGACAUUAACGGGGGCAGCCCGCUGCACUAUGCCGCCCAGAUGUGCGGUGCCAACUACGAGGGCAAGACGGCACGCGCCUCGGCCAAGCUGGCGCUCGAGAUACUGAACACGCUCCUGAACCAUCCUGAUACUUCGGUGGAAGUAGAGGAUAAGGAUGGCCGACAACCGCUGCUGUGGGCAGCAUCCGCCGGCUCGGCCAAGGCUGUGCUGGCUUUGAUAAAAGCUGGGGCUCACGUCGAAAGUGCCGAUAAGGACGGACUGACCGCACUGCACUGUGCUGCAUCGCGGGGCCACACCGAGUGCAUCGAUACGCUGAUCAACCUGUGCGGCGCGCACACCGACCAGAUCGACUCGAACGGCUGCACGGCGCUGCACUACGCGGUUACGCUCGGGCAUGCCGAUGCGACGUCGCUGCUGCUGAAGCUGGAUGCCGAUCCGAACCGGCAGGACCGGAAGGGCCGCACGCCGGCCCACUGCGGGUGUGCGAAGGGCCAGAUGGAGACGGUCAAGAUACUGCACGCGAAGAAGGGCAACCUGUGGCUGCGGAACGCGAAGGGAGAUCUGCCGGUGCACGAUGCGGCCUGUUCCGGCCGCCGCCAGCUCGUCCAGUGGCUGAUCCAGAUGAAGCCGAAGCACAUCAACACAACGAGCAACGACGGGCGGACGCUGCUGCACAUUGCCGCCGGGCACGACAACGUGGACAUGUGCAAGCUGCUGCUGGAGCUGGGCGCCGACGUCAAUCUGCUGUACCGGCCGUCGUCGAAGGGGGCGCCACUAACGCCGCUCGAUUACGCGCUGGCCAAAGGGUACCGGUCGACCGCCAAGUAUCUGCAGAUGCAGGGCGGCCUGCCAGCGAACAAGCUGCGGCUGUCCGGGCGCCAGCAAAAGAUCCUGCCCGACAUUGAUCGGGUGGAGCCGCUGAAGCUGACGGAGAAGGAAGAGCUGAUCGAUCUGAAAACGUCCAAGCGGUACAUCGUCUAUCUCAACUCCAACUCGGACAGCGAGUCGCAGGAGGAUCGGCCGCACCGGAAGAGCCGGCACAAGCGAAAAGGCAGCCACCGGGGUCGCCGCACGAGCAGCUGCAGCGAUACGGUGUACCUCUACCGGGACGGCUCGAACGACAUCAGCCGGUCGCGCAGCAAUGCGGAGCUGCAUCGCAGCGAUCAGCGCACGGGCAAGCAUCGCCGCAGCAGCAGCUCAUCGUCCGCCAGCACGAGCGGUUCGUCCUCGGACGGCUGCUGCCGGCACGUGCGCCGAAAGCACAAGUGCUACAAGAAGUGCUCCUCCAAGCGGUCCCACUCGCGCGACCGACACAAGGACCGCGAGCGGGAGGAGACGCGCGACGCACCACUGCCACCGGACGCGCUGAAGGAGUACGAGUUUAAGUACGCGGAGAAGAAGGAACCGGGACCGCGCAAGCCGGGCGAGCGGUGCGGCAAGAUCAUCCUGAAGCAGGUGCACAGCGGCUCCUCCGAGAAUGAUUCCCCCGCGAACGGAGGUGGUCGGGCGGGACCGGGGCUAAAGUUUUCCUCCGAGCGACGCGAAACGCAUCUCGGGCUGCCCGUUCAGCUACAGUACGGUGGCGCUGGUGGGUUUGAUGCUUCCGGUGGUUUGAGCGAUUUUUUAGACGAACCCACGUCACCCCGAACGCCACCGCGGGCCGAGUUUAACAUCCGCAAAGAGUCGGACGCGAAGAGCGAGGGCAAGUCGUCCGACUCGAGCACGACGAAGAAGAAGAAGGUUAAGGGCACGGGCAAGAAGUCGAAGCUGGCCAAGACGGCCAAAAAGUCCGACUCGCCCAGCGAGGAGGAACAGGCGAAAGUGCCGGCACCGGUCACCGAGGUGGUGACGCAGGCGCAGGUGCACCCCGCGCCCGAAUCGAUGUCCAAGUCGACGGAGGACGACGGUGCGGCCACGGACGCCACGUACACGAUCGAGCAGCGCACCCGGUCGGACGUGGAGGGACUCAGCGAGACGGAAGAGCGUAGCGCGAAAGGGGGACUACCGCGCGUAACUAGCAAACCGAUGGCGGAAACGAUCCGCGAAGAGGUGCGCGAUGAACACGCGGUAGAGAUGGCGCAACAGCAGCAGCAGGCGGUACGCAAAGAUCGCUCCAAGCUCAAAUCCGCCAAGAGUGACAGCUCCAAGAGCCACUCCAAGUCGGAGUCGUCCGAUAAGGAAGCGUCCAAGGUGCAGCAGAAACCGCCGGCACUCCCUUUAGAGGAACCGCCGGCCGCCCCGCCGGCUCCUCCUCCAUCACCUCCUCCGUUAGCGAAAGAGCCGACACCUGAGCCGGCACCCGAACCCAAGCCUGAAGCAAUCUCCGUCCCAGAACCGAAGCCGGAACCACAGCCAGCACCACUGCCACAGCAGCUAGAACCACUGCCCGAGCUGGUGGAGGAGCGGACAGAACCGACGGUCGAGUCGCAAGCGCCCCAAGGCCUGGAAGUGGACCGAGGCGGUGGAGGCGGCCCGGCUGAAGAUGAGCCGUUAAUAGCGGAGGAAUCACUGCCACCACUAGUAGAGCCGGAAGAACCUCCAGCGCCGACGAAGCUGGAAGAGGAACAGAAAAGCACACCGGAGGAAACGAGCGAAAGUUCACCGUCGAAAUCGAGCGAAGAGACGGAACCGACAUCGGUCGUGCAGGAAGUCCCCGAGAAGGAGGAGCAAAAACCUGCCCCAACACCGGCGGUUGAGGAGCCACCGAAGGUGUCGGAAGUGGUGCCUCCGGUGGUGGAAAAAGCGAAACCGCAAGAGCCCGCGAAAGAGCGACCCAAGCUGCGCCGUUCGAUGGAGUCGAAGAUGGAGAGCGUUGAGGAGGUGACGGCUCCGGUACUGGCUGAGCCAGUGCCGCCACCGCUAGACCAGGCAAAGGUCGAUCAAACGCGCGGGUUUUUCGUCAGCCUGGACGGCACGGCUGAAGAUGACGAGAAGAAGAAGAAGAAAAUCAAGAAGAAACCGCGCCUGAAGGAGGACGAGCAGCAGGAGCAGCAAAGCAGCAAGGAUCAGGACUCGGGGUUCGAGCCGAGCCCGCAGGCCGUACGCAGCAAGCCGACCGUGUUCGAGCGCCCGACCCACACGGCCACCCUGCCGCGCCGGGCCGCCUUCUCGAUGGUGGAGGAGCGGGCGGCCAGUUCGCGGCCGGAGGGCCGCAAACCGGGCGACAAGAACGCCGUCAACAUGACGACCGUCCAGCAGUCGAUCCAUCGUAACAUUCGAAGAUAUUAUAUGGAAAGAAAAAUUUUCCAACACUUGUUAGAACUGAAAAGUUUGCAAAUACGGUCGACGAAAGUGAACGAAUCGGUGCUGGUGAAGCGGGCCGUCGACGAUUACCACAAGUCCACGAUCGAGCUCGGGUACGAGACGGGCAGCACGCUCAAGCGCUACCCGUACACGGAGUACUCGUUCCGGAACUUUGAGCUCUUUCUGUACGACACGCUCAAGAGUCUGCAGAAGCGCGAGACGUACAAUUUCCAGAACAUCUCGGAGGUGUACGAUGAGGCCGAACGAAGGCUAAGCCCGGACGUGAGCCGCUACGAGCGUGCCCUGAACUGCACGACCAAAACACACCGCUGUCUUCAUGCGACCCACGCCUACACAGGCAUUCCCUGCGCUGCGUACAUACCGAUGAUGAACCAUCACACGAUACCGAAGCUCGGCUUCGGGCCGUACAAAUCGAGCACGUCCGGGGUGGGUAGUUUUUUCUUGCCGAAAAUCCUAACGCACCCGACGGACCGCAGCUGCACCGGAGGGAAGGUCGCACUGGAGCUGACGCACGGGAACAGCAAGCAGGCGACCCCGACCCUGGACGAGCAGCAGCAGCAGCAGCAGCAGCAACAUCAGCAGCACAACCGCAGCAGCAGCAGCAACAGCAGCACCAGCGCCAGUCCCACGAGCAACCAUCAGAUACUGAUGCCCAAGAUAACGCUCACCCACAACGAAGUCAGCAGCAACAGCAGCACCAGCAACCUCAUCCUUCCCCAGUCGCGGAACGGCAACGGUCACCGGCUGUUGGGCCACAGUCGCAGUCCCGUGCCCUUCCCACAGUAGACGAGCGGCGAUCCGGUGGUACCAACAGCCCGCGGGGCGCUACACCCGCCUAGCGCUCUCGGUGGGCCGGAAAGGUCCGUUCGCUGGACGACCUGGUACAAUAUUUAAACCGUACGGCGGUUGGGCUAGGAGCCAAUGAGAUUCCGGCACCGAGUUUUGAACCCGGACUGGAGCAUUGGGUUUGGAGGGCUUACCCGUAUGUGUGUGCGCGCGCGCGCGCGUGUGUGUAUGUUGUUUUUGGCUGUAAAUAUAUGACACUCUGUCUGUAGGCUCUUCCCAUGCCCAUGGGUGGGCCACGUAACGCUGUGCUGUCUGUUUCGAGUACCUUCCACAAGCAAAACUAAGCGUGAGAGUAAAGAAAGCAAACAAGAAACGAACUCGUUUUCAUUCAACUUUCCCCGUUCCACUCAUGUGUGUGUGUGUGUUUUUUUUUCUGUUUUCGUUCAUGGCCACUUGGAGAGGUCUACCGAGCUGUACCACUGCUGGUAACUGCUGAGAAAGUAGACGAUAAUGUGAAGUAUUCUGUCGGAUUUUGUGUUUUAAGGGUCGUUAGCAUUAAUGAUCGUUUCUUGACCUGCCAGAGGUGGCAAUCAUGUUCGUUCGUUCCAUGUCCUUGACAGGCUCUAGUGCGUGUUUGAGGUUGAAGGUCAGUAUGUGACCCAUUAUACUUGGUAGAGUUCUUAGCCUCCCGGGCAAGCGUGCCCGAAUGUCCUUGACCUAAAUCGAAACUAAUUACAGCCUAUUUCACCCCUUUUUCCGUACACUUUUUCAUGCCUUCAAAGACUGUUUCCCCCCAGAAAAGGGAACUAAAAUUGCAUACAAGCGGUGUUCCGAUAGUGUUCCGCAAAGCUUUCAGCCUAAAGCUUCCACAAGUCAGGUGAUUGCCGAUUUGAUAAUGCUGGCUCUUGGGGCCUGUGCUGGGUACAUACGAGUUCGCGUGCAAAUUCAUAAAAUGCAUGGUUUGAUGCACGCUACCGGCUGUUUGGCACUCAACACACGAGCAAAGCUCUACGAUUUCGGCAUGGACGAGUUUGCCUGCAUAAUAGUAUUUUUGAUUCUCACGGUGCCUCAGCUAAUUAGCGACUUAACAAACGAGAGAGAGAGAGAGAGAGUGUACCGUAUUACACGAGCCUAUAAAAGUCAUUAUCGGUCCUCGCUAAGUUUUGCACAUCAAACAGAUGACUGGUUUCGUGCACAUCCUGCUCUUGGUAGUUGUAAUUACUGCUGAAAGCUCACUUAAUUCUACUUAUUUUUAUUUAAUGCCAAAUACCGCCAUUGCCCAGAAGGCAGGAGAAACGCCACAUGAAGUCUUCCGUAACAAUUGAAGAGAAAAGUGACGGAACACUGAACGAGACAAAGGACGGCAAAGUUUCAAAAUUUAAUUAGCUAUGCUUCAUCAUUAUACUACCAUGCGACUUCCAGCACACGACAUCGCCGUAGUCGCGUGGGUCGCGUGUGCAUUAUUAAUUACCGAUCGGGCGUUGUAAAGCUACGUCAUUGGCAUCUCGCGCGUGUAACAUGUACUUUGUCCUAGAAGCGUUGAAAAGUUUUGGGAAACACACCGGAAGUGCUGUACCCGAUGCUGAAAGUUGCUGAAUCACCGUUUGCUGCUGCUGCUGUAUGUUGCUGUUGCUGCUCCUGCUGCUCCUGCUGUUAGUUGCGUCUGAGGUUAGUUUUGCCAAAGUGGUAAACAUGAUGCUCUUACUAAGAUACUAAUACCAUUAAUGUAACAAAGUAGCUAAUAGAGAAAGCUAUCACUUUCCAAUAGAUUUGGAGAGACAUCCUCAGUAUAAUAACUUCCAGCGAAAUCAGUGCUAGUCUUUGAAUGUCAUCGACUUGUGAUGAAGAUGAAAAGAGGUCGAAAUAAAGUGUCCUUGAUAUUUACAACCAUUUAUUGGAAAAAGGGGAAAAAGAGAUACAGAAAACAACCAGAGUGUGAAAACGAACUCAGCCGUUCAGUGAAAAGUGAUGUAAACAGAGGAGCAAUAUUGAAAUGAGACAAACGGUGCGUUACAUUUUGUAACUACUGAGAAUUAUACGUCGAGCGAGUAGGAAAUGGGAGUGUUGGGUGAACUAGAAAUAUGAUCGUCUAGCGAACAAUGCGUACGUUAUUUUCUGUCAACGUUUUAGAUACCAAUUGUAGACUUUGUUGUAAAUAAAUAGAACAAACAAAAGCAGAAACUCAA